AUGUCGCUGCACGAGGAGUCUCCCGAGUACGAGCUCAGGAAUGAGAAGGACGCUUCCCCCGACUUUGAUGUCGAGAAGGGCGAGGCGAAGGACCAUGUUCUUCCGAUCGCCGACAUCGACGAGGAGGACCCCAACUUUGACCCCAACGCGGUCCAGUUCGAGGAUGACUCGCCUUACCCUGAAGUCCGCUCCGCCGUGUCCAACACGGACGAUCCGGAGAUGCCCGUCAACACUUUCCGUGCUUGGGUCGUCGGCAUCAUCUGGGCGAUCCUCAUCCCCGGCGUCAACCAAUUCUUCUUCUUCAGGUACCCGUCUGUGACCAUCGGCCAGCUCGUGCCGUUGCUGCUCUCCUUCCCUGUCAUGCGGCUCUGGGCCCGCUUUGUCCCCCGCGUCAAGAUUUUCGGCGUCGCACUCAACCCCGGACCCUUCACGAUCAAGGAGCACGUACUGAUGAAUGUCAUGGCCACCGUCGGAUACCAGUCGGCAUAUGCGACGGACAUCGUCGCCGUCCAGAAGGUUUUCUACAACCAGAAUCCUUCGUUCGGGUACCAAUGGAUGCUCGUCAUGUCUACGCAGCUUAUCGGCUUCUCGCUCGGCGGUAUUUGCAAGCGCUUCCUCGUCACGCCCCCGUCCAUGAUCUGGCCCGCCAAUUUGGUCGCCGCUACGCUCUUCAACACGCUUCACGGCAGACAAACGGCAGGUUCGGAGGCUCGCGGCGGUAUUUCGCGUGAACGCUUCUUCCUCUAUGUGUUUUGCAUCUACAUCUGCUGGAACUUCGUCCCGACGUACCUGUUCACCGCCUUGUCGUACUUCCCGUGGAUCACAUGGAUCGCGCCGAACAACAAGGUCGUCAACCAGCUGUUCGGCACGGAGAGCGGACUGUCUAUGAGUCUGCUUACGUUCGACUGGGGCCAGAUCACCUACAACCAGAGCCCGCUGCCCGUUCCGUGGUGGGCGCAGGCGAACAUUGCGUUCACCAUUGUGUUCUUCUACUGGUUCAUCUGCCCGAUCAUCUACUACAAGAACGUAUGGUUCGCGACGUACAUGCCCAUGAUCAGCAACGGCUCCUUCGACAACACCCAGAACAAGUACAACGUCACGCGUAUUCUCACGCCCGAAGGUACCUUCGACGAGACGGCGUACAAGGCCUACAGCCCGCUCUUCAUCCCUGCGGCUUUUGCCAUCUCCUACGGUCUCUCGUUUGCUUCGAUGACUGCCAUCGUUGUGCACAUCUUCCUCUACUACCGCAAGCAGAUCUGGGUUCAGGCUCGCCGCUCGCUUUCCGAACAGCCCGACAUUCACGCCCGUCUCAUGUCCGUGUACAAGGAGGUGCCGGAGUGGUGGUACGGUAUCAUCUUCGUUGUGAUGUUCGUCUUCGGUAUCGUCGUUGUCGAGGUCUGGCAUACGCAGAUGCCCGUCUGGGCCUACGUCGUCGCUCUCCUGCUCGCGAUGUCCCUCACCGUGCCCAUCGGUAUCAUCCAGGCCAUCACCUCCAACCAGCUCGGCUUGAACGUCAUCACCGAGCUGAUCAUCGGCUACAUGGUCCCCGGACGUCCCAUCGCCAUGAUGCAGUUCAAGACCUGGGGCUACAUCACCAUGGUGCAGGCUCUGCAGUUCGCGCAGGACCUCAAGCUCGGCCACUACAUGAAGAUCCCCCCGCGCCCCAUGUUCUGGUGCCAAGUCGUCGCGACCGUCAUCGGCGGUACCGUGCAACUCGGCGUCCAGUCGUGGCUGUUCUCGAACAUCAAGGGCAUCUGUACGACUGAGGCCGAGGGCGGCUUUAUCUGCCCUAGCACGCAGGUGUUCGGCACGGCGUCGAUCAUCUGGGGUGUUAUUGGUCCUCAGCGCCAGUUCUCCCAGGGCCAGAUGUACUACGGUCUUACGUUCUUCUUCCUUGCUGGUGCUCUUGCUCCGAUUGCGCAGUACAUCCUGCACAAGAAGUUCAAGUGGAACUUCUUGAAGUACGUCAACUUCCCCGUCAUCUUCUCGGGAACCGGCAACCUCCCGCCCGCGACGCCGCUCAACUACAUCCCCUCCUGCAUCGUCGGCUUCAUCUUCAACUACGUCAUCCGUCGCCGCCACUUCGCCUGGUGGUCCAAGUACAACUACGUGCUCUCCGCCGGUCUCGACUCGGCCUACGCCAUCGGCACGAUCCUCAUCUUCUUCUGUCUGCAGUACCCGCGCAACGGCUCGAUCGGCGCGAACACUAUCCAGACGUGGUGGGGCAACAAGGGGUGGACGGACAGCGUCGAUGGGAAUAAGACGCCGUUCAAUGUUGUGGCUGAUGGGGAUAUCUUUGGGCCUCCGGUGGGGAGCUGGUAG